AUGGCGGCGCCGCGGCCGCCUCCGGUGCGGCCGGCGCGUGCCCUGUGCGCCGCGGCCGUGUGGGCAGGCUGGCACUGGCGGACAGCUGCCGGCGCCGUGCUGGAGGGCGACUUCCCCGCGGUGGACGGCGACAUGUCACUCUUCCUCGGGAAGUUCUGCUUCGACUACGACAGAACGAACAGCACGCCAGCUGGGCGGCUUCUGCUCAACAUGACGUUCGCCCAGGAGUCCCUGCCGUCCCAAGGGAAGCUGUAUUUCAUGGUCUUCGACGACGAGAAGAAGCAUUGGAAGGACGCCUGGCGGGGCUGGAACGAGGGCGACUGCGAGUACAAGAAGCAGAUGUCUUCCAAGUUCGACGAGGUCAAGAUGACGGGGAAGGAUCUGAAGCACCGAUACUCGCUCAACAUCAAGGAGGGGCUUCGGCCACGCUUCUGGUAUCGAACAGCGCUGUGCGGCGCUUGA